AUGGAAGAUAUUAGCAAUAUACUUCGAGAGAAGAAAGGAUUACUAACAACAGAUAUGUUGAGAAGUGAACAUGAGAACUUAUACAAAGGUUUGACGCAUGAACAACUAACUGUAUAUCGCUCUGUUUUAGCAUCUGUUUAUGAAAAUAAAGGAGGUGUUUUUUUUGUAUAUGGUCACGGUGGAACAGGAAAGACUUAUCUUUGGAGAACAAUAAUUGCAAAGCUACGAUCAGAAAGUAAAAUCGUCUUGGCUGUAGCUUCAUCGGGAAUCGCAUCGCUUCUACUUCCUGGUGGCCGAACGGCUCAUUCGAGAUUUAAAAUACCUAUUAAAGUUGACGACUUCUCGACGUGCGAAAUAAAGAAGGGCACACAGCUUGCAAAAUUGCUCAAUCAUACUAGCUUAAUUAUAUGGGAUGAAGCACCAAUGAAUCACAGAAAUUGUUUCGAAGCUUUAGAUAAAUCAUUAAAGGAUGUGCUUGAAACAGAUGAUAUUACUAUUACAGGAAAACUAUUCGGAGGAAAAACUAUUUUACUUGGAGGAGAUUUCAGACAGAUACUACCUGUUAUUGUCGGCGGAACAAAACAGGAUAUAAUAAAUGCAUCAAUUACAAGAUCAUACAUAUGGAAUGAUUGCUACAUUUUUCGGCUCACAAUGAACAUGAGAUUGCAUAAAUGUUCAGAAAAUACAGCAGCACAAGAAGAUAUCUUAAGUUUUGCCAAAUGGAUACUUGACUUGGGCGACGGCAAAUUGGACGCUAUUAAGUUGGAAAAUGAAGAAGAACCUACUUGGAUUAAGAUACCCGACGACAUGCUUAUUAAAAAUAGCGGCGAUAGUAUUAGAGAUAUUGUUUUGGCAAUUUAUCAAGAUCUCGAGCAUAAUUAUAAUAAUUCUUCGUAUUUGAGAGACAGGGCUAUAAUCGCACCUAUCAAUGAUUUGUCAGAUGAAGUAAACACAUAUGUCUUAUCUUUAAUUCCAGGUGAAGAAAAAUGCUAUAUGAGUUCCGAUUCAAUUUGCAGCUCAUCAGGGAAUACUGAAGAAAUUGAUAUCCUAUACCCAGUUGAUUUCUUAAAUUCUCUGAAGUUUAAUGGUGUACCUCAUCAUGAAUUGAAACUAAAAGUUGGUUGUCCUAUAAUGCUGCUGCGCAAUAUAAGUCAACAUUCAGGACUUUGUAAUGGAACCAGAUUAAUUGUUACUCAAUUAGCAUCAAAAGUUAUAGAAGCCGAAAUUUUUACAGGAAAUCAUUCUGGUCAGAAAGUGUAUAUUCCUAGAAUUCUAACACAUGUGACAGAAACAAAGUGGCCAUUUGUUUUGAAAAGAAGGCAAUUUCCUAUUCGUUUGUGUUAUGCCAUGACAAUCAACAAAAGUCAAGGACAGACACUUCAGUAUGUUGGUUUAUAUCUUCGAAGACCGGUAUUUUCACAUGGUCAACUUUAUGUUGGAGUUUCACGAGUUACCUCACGCAAAGGGUUGCGAAUCUUAAUAGAAAAUAAUAAUGACGAGCCUGAAGGAUGCACUCGCAAUAUUGUUUUUACUGAAAUCUUUGACGAUUUGGUAACAUAA